AUGGGGAAAAUCAAGGCUCUAAGGUUGGAGAUGAAGAAGAAUGCUGGAAGGGAUGCAGAGUUGGACUGGCUGGGCUGGCUACAGCAGACUUUAGGAUCAUGGAAACUGGGGUUAAAGAAGCCAAGAGAAGACUGGCACAAUACCAACCGGCGGCCUCCGACGCAACGAACCCCCAAAAAGUGGCCACAAAAUAAGAGCCAGACAAAGGAGGAGGAGGUGCCACCUGCAGUGAAGCCGGGGGACCUGGUCUAUGUGAAAACCUUCCGACGGAAGUGGCAUACUCCACGGAGGGAAGGUCCCUACGAGGUCGUGAACGCGACGUCAACGGCGGUGCAGGUGAAGGGAUCACCGACGUGGUACCACCUAAACCACUGCGUCAAGGCCCCGGCUGACGGCAACGGGGAAAAGACCAUAAAGGAAAAGGAGAAGAAUGACCAUGGCUGCCAAGGCGACGACUCCUUGGAAGGGGGGGACGAGGAUCCUCGUGGUGCUGGUAAUGACCAUGAUAGUACCGCUGAGUUCCCUGACGUCAUCCUGGUGGAAGGGACAGGAACUCCCACUGGCCGAGAGACAUAG